AUGAACCCUUCACGCGCAAGGUUCCAUGAUAUGCUUCCUGUACGUCCGUCCGGUCUUUCCCUAGCGGCUAAUUUCGGCCGUACUCGCGCGCCACUGUCAGGAUCUCCCUCGCAGACCACACCAUCCAACUCCAGUGGUUCUCAAACUAAGCAUCAGCGUUCGAGUUCUGUUCCACAGCCAGCGCCGCACUGCAAUGGGAGCUACAUCUACGCUACCCCCGGUACAGCAUCGUCUUCGGCGUCCUCUGCAGACGGCCGGGCGCGUUCAAGUAGUUUUGUAGGCUCCCGAUCCACAGCUCCUUCUCCUCUUCGCUACGAGUCCAACUCUGUUCGUUCAAGAAGUCAGGCAGCCUCGCAGUCAGCCUCGCAGCAGCAGUCGGCGCGUGUUCCAUUGUACCGGACUUCCAGUCACAAUAAAGCCAGCGAGCGUCCUUCCCCGUAUCCCCUUUACACCCCCACAGUAUCUUUCAGUAGCUCACGCACUGCCUCCAGCUCGUCGAUCCAUCCUGGCUCAACAUCAGGGCAUGCUUACGCGCCUCCACGAACGUCCAGCUCUGGUAGCGUGGGUCGGAGUAGCUCCGAUAUUCGUCCCAUUCUCAAGCAGAAUCAUACUUGGCAUGGACACAACAGCGCACCUCAUGCCCACGUCUCCUUCAAGAACGAUCCUCGAGGGUCUUCGGCUAGCAACAGCUUGCACGUACAUCCCCUGCUUGCUUGCAGUCGCCUGCACAACGCGCCGAUCUCCUACGAUAUCACCUAUACGCCUUCCUCACGCUCGGUUAUCGAUAAGACUACUAAUAUCGCUGUAGCAGCGACUACCCUUGCCCAACCAGCCACAAACCCUCCGACCAACUCUCGGCUCGUACUCAAGGCGGACAAAUUACCCUGGCCCAUCGUUGUCAGCCCCUCGCACGUCUCUUCAUCUUCCUCAUCCAAGCCGAAGUCGGCACCUCGCUUCUAUAUUCAUGGAUCGCAUUCAGGUCAUGGGUCGUCCUCGUCCUCGGGGUCACCUCAUGUCAGCAACCUGGACGUCCUAUAUGCGGUGCACUCGACCCUGUUCAUGAGGAUUACGCAGGAGGAGUGGGAACAAUUGGGACAUGGCAGUCGCGCUCAACGUAAGAUUACGCGAGCAUAUGAAAAGCGAUGCAUCAAGAUGGGUGGCGGCUGGGAAGGUGGCGUGCGUAGGCUCGAUUGGCUCGGGGGGAAGACACGCCUCGUUGGAAUCGAGCUAGACAAGAGCGGCAACGGAACAGGAAAACUCCUGUUCAGCAAAGCUUGA